GUAAAAAACCUCUCUCUCUCUCUCUCUCUUGUUUCUCUCUCUCACACACACACACACACACACACACACACAUUGGUCACUUUCUCUCUCUACAACUCUGAAAUAGAGGAAACCAGAGCUCAGCAGAGGAGUUUUAAUGUUGUUCAACCACCGCCCCUAAAACAAUCCUUCUCUCUCAUCUCUCUCUCUCUCUCUCUCUUCGUUCUCUCUCUUCUUUCUUGAAUUACCUUUCUCUCAGAUCUAUCCCAUUUAAUAAAUUCACCUCAUUACAUUUGAUUUUUGCUACUUGUGUUUUUAAUUCUUUAGUGGAGAAAGAUGAGUAAAGAAGAGUUCUUGAAGAUCCAGACCUGUGUUCUCAAGGUCAAUAUACACUGUGAUGGCUGUAAACACAAAGUCAAGAAAAUCUUGCAGAAGAUUGAUGGGGUUUAUACCACAAAGAUAGAUUCAGAGCAGGGGAAGGUGACAGUUUCCGGCAAUGUGGACGCCGCCACCGUCAUCAAGAAGCUCAUCAAGAAUGGCAAGCAUGCAGAAAUAUGGGGUGCUCCGAAACCCAAUAACAACAACAAUAACCAAAACCAGCUCAAUAAUCAAUUCAAGAACCUCCAAAUUGACCAUGGCAAAGGUGGUCACAACAACAAGGGCCAGCCUCAAAAGGGCGGCGGCGGUGGUGGCGGCAAUAACCAGCCAAAGGGUGGUGGCGGCGGCGGCGGUGGUGGUGGUGGUCAAAACCCACAGCUUCAACAGCUUCAGCAGCUCCAACAGAUGAAAGGGUUUCAAGAUCUGAAACUGCCGCCUCAGUUUAUGAAGGAUUUAAAGAUGCCGCCUUUAGGCGGUAAGGACCCGAAUCAGAAACCCGGCGGCAAGAAUAAUAUGCCCCAUGAAGAUGAUUUUUCGGAUGAUGAGUUCGAUGACUAUGAUGAUGACGACGAGGAUGAUGACUAUGAUGAGGAUGAUGAUGACAUGGAGGAUGACAUGGACGAUGACAUGGAUGAUGUCCCGUUGAAUAAGAAGAAUCCUGUCAUGGGUGGGAAUGGUGGCUCCCAGAUGAUGCCUAAUAUGUUGAUGAGUAAUGUGAUGAAUGGGCAGCAGCACCUCCCUCAGCAGCUUCUUAAGGGCGGCGCUCCUGGCGGCAAUAACGGUGGUGGUGGUGGUGGUGCGAAAAAGGGUGGGGGUGGUGGGAAUAUUCCUGUUCAGAUGAAUCUUGAUGGCAAGAAAGGUGGCGGUGGAAGCCAGAUUCAAGGUGGCGGGAAGGGUGGAAAGGGCGGUGGUGGACCGCCGUCGGAAAGCAAAAAUGGUGGCGGCGGGGGUGGUGGUCAAAACAAGGGUGGUGGUGGUGGCAAUAUGAGUAAUUUGAUAGGUAAUGGGGCCAAGAAAGGGGGUGGUGGAAUGAAUGAUGGGGCACAUGGCAUGCCAAACAUGAUGGCCAUGAAUGGUGGUGGUGGUGGUGUGGGCCAUAUCGGGAAUAUGCCGAGGGGCCCACCGAUGGGCGGUCUACCACAAAUGGGCCAAAUGGGAAAUCUUGCAGCUGUUCAAGGACUUCCGGCGAUGGGCGGCGGCGGUGGUGGAGGCGGCGGUGCCCCCGGGUUUCAUCCAGGUGGUGGGCCGGAGCAAAUGGCCGGAAACCCUUACUACCAACAACAACUGGCGGCAAUGAUGAUGAACCAGCAGCGCGCGAACGGAAACGAGCGGUUCCAGCCCAUGAUGUACGCUAGGCCUCCGCCUGCGGUAAAUUACAUGCCUGCCCCUUACCCACCCUACCCCUACCCCCCGCCACCCGGCGAGAGGGCCGAUCAGUACUCCAUGUUCAGUGACGAGAAUACCUCGAGCUGUUCUGUUAUGUGAGUGGGGUUCCGUUUGCCGCCAAUGCUCCACCACCACCGGCGGUGGUGGUGGUGGUGGAGAUCAUUAUAUACCUUGAAAUGUUUUUCGUUACUUCGAUUUUUAUUUUUCGUUCUUUUUUUCUUUUUUCCUUCCCUUUUGAAUCCUAAAUUUAGAUUAGUGUUUCAAUGAUAGGGAGGUAUUUUCUGAUAGAUGAUAAUUAUAUAUUAAAAAGCCUUUUAGACAAUGAGGAUGUAUGGUGGCAAUGUUUAUAUAAUGUUUAUAUUUUUAAAACAAUAAUAAUAAAAUCAAAGGGAAUGGGAUUUUAUUCUUCCAAAA